UGUCGCUGUUAACAGGAAGUGGGCAUGUUUUAGUUUUCGUUCUUUGCCGUAAGUUCAAAACUAUAAAUUUGAGCGAGAAUGGACAAAUUAAAGAAAGUUCUCAGUGGAAAUGAUGAAGAUGAAGAGGAGGGUAUUGUAACACAGAUCAGCAAUAGUACAACCCUGAGCUGGUCUACAAGGAUCAAGGGGUUCAUUGUGUGUUUUGUGCUGGGUGUUAGCCUGUCAAUUCUGGGAAGCUGUUUACUAUUCCUUAAAGAUGGCCUGGUAAUAUUUGCAGUAUUAUACACCUUUGGAAAUGUACUGUCAUUAACAAGCACAUGUUUCCUUAUGGGACCUCUGAAUCAACUAAAAAAGAUGUUUGCCAAAACCAGAAUAAUAGCCACAUUGCUUGUAAUUGUAAUGUUUAUUUUGACGUUGGUGUGUGCUUUUGCAUUGAAAAAUACAGCAUUGGCCAUUGUAUGCUGCGUAUUGCAGUUUGUGGCUUUAACCUGGUACUCAUUGUCCUACAUCCCCUUUGCCAGAGAUGCUGUUAAGAAGUGCUUUGGUGCAUGCUUGGAAUAAGGAAGGAUUGUCCAUCAACUGUCGGGAAAGAUUCAGAGUGCUACAAUUCACCGUAACCAAGUCAUCAACCAUGAACAUGUUAAAUAUAUAUAUUUAUUCAGUAUGUAAAUGUGUAUGUAAGAAUAUAAAAACCCAAAAGACGUCUAUUCUUCUGUAUUGAGAUUGACUAUUUUGAUAUAUGAACAAUUCUAUUGUGCUAUUUUGUGUCGAUGGUAUUUCACCAGUUAGUCAGUAGGUUAUCGGAAUACGGAGGAUUAUAAACAUUUUUUCAGGAAAGUCUGUUAGAUUAAUUGUUAUUUUGAUUUUUAUCGAAGUUAUCUGAUAUUAUAUACAUGAACAAUCAGGUUUGAAUGUCAGAGAAUAACAGUUGUGUUAAUUAUUAAAUAACAGGUUAUUCUGAAGGAAUGUACAUAAUACUUUUAUGACAGGGAAACAUGGUUCCUCUCUGGUACUUUUACAAAAAAAGUCUAAGAGAAGUUGUUAGCUAUUGCCCUCCCCCUUCCCUUUUGGAAACUUUCUGCUACUGAUGUGUACUUUCUAUAAUACAGAAAUUAUUUGAAGUUUUUAGUUUUGAAUUGUCUAUCAGUAUGCAGGUUUUCUAUAAUAAUGUUUUGUUUACAUACUUUCAGAAGUAUAUUGUAAUUGUUUGUUGUUAACUGAGAUGUUAUGUACAUGAGGUAAAUGAAAAUGAUGCGUCUUGUAAGAUGUUAAGCUAGUAAUAUUAGAUAGUGCUAUAGUAUUUGUCGGAGCUGGCUAAUAUUGGAUGGUGUGCCUAAGUUUAAUACUAGGGGCAAGGUAUAUUUUCUUAAAUUUGUGUGACAUUUGCCACACCGUAUGUCAUAGCAAUGUGUGGUUUUUAGUUUCAUGAUCACAAUUCCACAGACUAAUUUGUCUGCUGGAUUAUACCCAAUGUUACAUUGUAGUAACGGUUGUGAGAACAUUUUUUCUCUUUUCUUUUUGUAAUAAUUCUAGUUAGGCUUUGGAUUUCUCUCAUCAAAAAGACAAAAUCACAAAAAAGUUACAAAUCAACUGGACAUAGUUAAGUUGAAUAACACACAAUAAGAAUGUCAGGAUUGUAGAUUCUAAAUGGUGAUGAGAACUAUGAGCUGAUGAUUUUAUCUGUUAAUAAUGAUUAAUUCUGUUACAGGAAGACAAUAAUAUAUUCAAUGUUUUCAUUUUAUUUCUCCACUUUCUCUCUUUAGAUAAAAGUUUUGAAAAAGGAGUUUAUUUUAAAAUACCUGUUUAUCCAAUCAAAUAAGAACACAAUUUUCAUGGUUCAUACUUUCAUUGUGCACCAUUUGGGACCACAAAGAUUUUCAGUACUGAUUGUUAGAUAUUUUUGUGGUGGGACUAAUUAAGAUCAAAUGACAUAAAGUCACUGUGUUCAUAUCAAUAUCAGGGCUACGGAAUCUACAGGGAACAACAUUACAUGUGUAUUUGCAGUUUUCUUCUGCCAUAAGUUUUUUCUAACCAUGCAGAUCAAAAUCUUCUGCUGGAAGACUUCCAAAAUCUUUCAAAUCUCAGUGUGAAAACUAGAUGUAUGUAUCUUAUAUUACAAUAAGGAGGAUUAUUUUGAAGAAUGUAGAUUGCAGUGUUUGUUGUAUAAGAUUGGUUUUUGAGAAUGUGAUUAUGAUGGGAAGAUAGAUUUUUGCAAAAAAUAAAUAAGUUUAUUAACAUACAAAGUGAAGAUUUCUAUACAUGUAAUAUAUAUUUAAACAAUGUAUAUCUUCCAUGCACCAUUAGGGGCCACGAUGGCCAAGUGGUUAAGGUGGGUCACGAUUGCUAAGUGGUUAAGGCAUCCGUCAUUCUGCAACCACUAGCCCUCCACCACUGGGUAGAGGGUUCUAGACCUACCAGGGGGCAGUCGCCAGGUACGGUUGGUGGUUUUUCUCCGGGGAAUUCGGCUUUCCUCCAUCACCAAAACCUGGCAUGUCCUUAAAUGACCGUAGCUGUUAAUAGGACUUAACACAAAGAAAGUGAAACAAACUAAAUUCCAUGCACUGGAUUUGAUUGUGGUAAUUCUUUGCACUGUAAUUUUUCUGUUGGAUAAAGAAGCCUGCAAAUUGUGUCGCUAUCAUGUUAGUAAUUAUGUACACUCCUAGAAACUGACAAUAUAAGUAUCGAGCCUUGUAGAAUAUUUUGUUGUUAACAAAGCCACCUGUACUACAACUUAUGGUCUGCAUCAUUUUGUCGUAGUAAACAAGGAGAGUACCAAGUACCACAGAAUCAAGGGGCUAAGUAUGUGUCAAAAUGUGGUUUACAACUGUCUCCGUUCCUUGUCAAUCGUUUAAUUGUAAAAUUGUUUUUAAUGGUUCAAUUGAAAUCUUUUAAUCCUGGAGUUAUGAUCCAUGCAGAUUACAAUGACAAAUAGUCAGCUGGUCACUAUCAAAUCAGUUCAACAUCAUAAAAGGAAUGAGAGAAGGCAGUUACUGGUGGUUUUAUAUUAUCAUUUACUGACAAUAUGUAUUGUAAUAUGACACAGGUUUUUCACACCAUUUUUAAACAAAUUCUUUUUUUGAAAAUGUGAAAGUCAUAAAAUUCCUUGAAUUAAUUAUAUUUCUGAUUCAGUAGCACUACAAGCUUGUGUCUUGAUCUACCUUUUGCAGAAUAAGUUGUUAUUUUUCUAUGAAAUUGUUCCUUUGUACAAUGAACAUGUGCCUUUAACCUGAAGAAAACCCACAUAUUUUUGUAGUUUAUAAAAUUGCUUAAUCAAAUUAGUAAACACAUUCAAUUUUUUGUUCACACUAUAAAGCAAGAUCCUGCAAAGAGUAAUUUACACCUAGAGUAAUAAAGGAAAGUAAAUAUUUACCUAUACUAGCCCAGUAUGUAAAAACUGUAAUCUGUGCUUUUUGUUUUAUUAUUGUUAUGCUAUAAAUCACAAUUUUAUGAUGAUAAAUUUUAUGUUUGAUUAGCCAACAUUUUUAGUAUUUAUAAUGAAAGUAUAGGCUAGGCUAAUAGAAUUACUCAAAAUUUACUUUUAAACAAAAAUAUAUGUUUCGAAAAUUUAGCUAUUUACAACUUUAAUAAACUGAAAUUCAAAUACUACAUGGAUAUAUGUUUCAAGUGUCGGAGAUUUCUUCGAAGUUUUUCAAAUGAAUUACAUACUGAUGCAUGCAAACUGUACCGUGUAUUUUCUACCUCACUGUUCUGUCACUGAAUGUUAGAUUGUUUUAUUUAAGGCUUUCAGUGCCCUUAGUGAGGGGAAAAUUCAAAUGUUUUAAAUGGGUACCACACUUGCCAUCACAUUAUUUGUACAUCUGUAUCUAUUUUUCUAAACUAAACUUUUUUCACUAUCUUUUAAAAUGUAAUUAUCUAAAUGUUGAGUAGAAAAAACUUAUCAAACCAACAUCAGUUGUAGGAUACAAAACACUAUUUCAGUGCAUAGUGUGAAGGUAAAGCUUUAAAACUACAUCAUAGUGUGUAGGUAAAGCUUUAAAACUGAAUCAUUUUCAGGUAGUGUCCCACCUAUUAUUUUAUAUUGCAUGUAGACAUUAAAAGUGUUUUUCCUGUCUAUUCAUACAAACAGUAAUAGUUUGAGGGCGUUUAAGAUAGUUAAAACAUUUUGAAAUCAUACGCAGUUAUGUUACAGAUAACAUAAUGGUAUCACUAUAUAGUUAUACUGCCUGCUUUAUAACCAAGACACAACAAUAUCCACUUUUAUUUUACAGUACGCUGUCAAAUACAGAAUAUAUUUUGCUAAAACACUGCUCGCUGUGGUGCUGUAGGAUAUUGAAUACUUGAAGCCUUACUUUGUAUAGAGUAUAUUUUCUGGCGAUAUGUUGAUGCUUGUUAUUAAACUCACACUUUAGGGAAUAAGAUCAUUCUAUAUACUGGGUAGAGAAGUUCCACUACCCAUUGUUACCCUAUGUACUACAAAGAAGAAUCCCCCUAGGCUUAUUACCACAGGUAAACAUAUGGGUCUAAGGUGCAGCAAUGUACAAUGUAUAGAUAUAAAGGGUCGAGUAUCCAUGCACAUUUGUACAUGUAUAAGGUCAUAUAGAGACCCAAUUCGACUGGCUACCAGUCCCCUAUGGUUUCAUUAGGAAUUCUCUGCUGCAUUUUACUACUUGCCUAUCUCCCCUUAGUUUGAGAACUUGGGAUCAGACAUACAAGUGAUCAUUUUUUUCUCUAAAUAAUUCAAUAUUUCAGUGCAAGACCCAAAUAUACAGUGUUAAGUCACGGAUCCUAAAGAGUUCCAAUAUACAAUGUACAGACAUUUAGAGUCCCAGUAGACAAUGUAAAGUGGCCCUAAAGGUCCUAAUAUACAAUGUAUAAAGGUCACACCACAACAUAGAACAUAUUGACAGGUAAAACGAAAAAAAUGGUUACAUGGGAUCAAAAUGAUAUAUAGACAUCUAAGGUCCAAAUGUACUUGCAAAAAGUUGCAGAAAAACAUGCAAUGCUGUAGUGGUUUCAUUAUACAGUAAGUGUAUACACUGUAAAAAAUGUUUAUGUUUGAGAAAAGUACUGGUUAUGGGGUCAUGUUUUUUAUCCUUAGUUGAUACUUAAACAUUUUCAAAGAAAAAAAAACUUUUAGUUAUCUCUUAGGUGCUAGUUAUUGUACAUUAAAUUGUGCCAUUAUAAACAAAGAAAGAGUUACCAAGACAUUAUAUAUUUUCUAUACACAAUAAAAUGGGGUAUGGAGAAUUUUUGAAGCAAGAUCACUUCUGAUGUACAAGUCUACAAUUGUUUGUUUCAUGGAGUAUUGUAAUGAAAUAGGGAAUUUGAAUGUUUCCAAUUUUAAAAUUAUUUGAUUUAGAGAACAUACACGACUCCAGUAUUCAUUCUCUACUUAAUAUAAUAAUGAGAAAUGUGAUUGGAAAAAUCUUCCAUCAUAAAAAGGAUUAUUGGCUCAUUUUAUGCUCACUAAAUGGAUAGGAUGAUGAUAUCAUGUAUGUAUACAUGUACAAAGAUUUAAUAAACUCCAGCCGGCGGCUAUAGUUCUACAGAAGUAUCAGGUACAUGUAAACACCCUGUCAAUAUUAUAAUGAUGCCGGUCUCCAGCAUGAAGGGUAUUAUCAGCAUUGAGGGAGGAAUUGUACUGUACAUAUAUACUUUGACGGUUAUUAUAUUACGUGUGUUUGCGUUCAUUUCAUUCUGAAAUCUAAUACACAGACAUGUUCAUUAUAAAAAAUGAAAUAAACAAAAUGUAAAUUUA